GAUUAGGUCACAUUUGAAAUAUGGCGGAGGCUGCAGCCAAAACUGUCUUGGACAAGAUCAGCCAGGGGCAUCUGGAAUGUCCGAUCUGUUGCUGUCUUUUCAAGGAUCCCAAGAUGUUGGACUGUCUGCACAGCUUCUGCCUGAACUGUCUGGAAGAGAUGAUGAGCAAACAGAAGCCAAAGGCAAAGAAGAUAACAUGUCCAGUCUGCAGGAGAGAGACACAAGUUCCUGAUGGAGGAUUGCAGAGUCUUUCUUCGUCUUUCUUUCUUAGUUCUCUUGUCGAUGAGGUAAAACAACAGGAAGCGGCAUUAGGAGAAGCAUCAGCACCUACCGCCACAUGUGACUGUGGAGAAGGCAAGGAGGCCAUGUGGAGGUGUCUUGAUUGUAGUGAUAACCUCUGCCAGAAAUGCCGCGAAGCUCAUGAGAGGGUCAAGUCCACCAAAGACCAUCAAAUCAUCUCGUUGGGAGAUUGGCACAAAUCAAAGAUGCCUCCAGCAGAACAUAGCAAACCUAGCAAACCCAUCACGCGAAUGUGUACGAUCCACAACGACCAUCCUUUGUAUUUCUACUGUGACACCUGCGACACCUUAAUCUGCUCAAUGUGUGCCACAUUAGAUCAUCGGUCGGCAGAGCACAAUUUGCUAAAGAUUGAUGACUCUAUCAGGUCCUUCCGCACUGAGGUUGAUAACAUACUGCAGGAGUUCGAGAAGUGCAGGCAGCGCUUCAAAUCUACUGAAAAGUCAAUCGAACAUGCACGAAAAAGAUUGCAAAAGAAACUGGCUCAGGCUCGUAGUGACAUUGAUGCAAAAGCGGAGGCAGAGAUCACUAAAAUCAGAAACAAAGCAAAGCUUCUCACCGACAAGGUCAACGAAAUUGGUCAAGAGAGAGACAGCGAGUACGAAAAGGCGCUCAUGCACAACCGUAAACAGAUGGAACGUGCAGAUCAGACCAUCGCGGCAGUAAAUGACUUGAUGAGUCAAGCCGAUGAUGUCGAGCUUUUGGAUCUCAAGCCAAAGGUGAUGCACAACUUGGAAUUCCAGAAGGAGCUCAAGUGUGAACCGGCGAAUCAUGGUCCGUCAUUCAUUGGUGUCAAAUGUCAAGACGUUGUGAGUGAUGAAGAUCUUGGGGAGGUCUGUGUCAGCGAGAAAUGGCAGUCAAAGGAAGAGUUUGGCAAAGAAGGUACCGGUGAUGGGGAAUUUCAAUUCGCAGCGCGUGUUGCAUGUUUCACAAAUGGGGACAUCGUAGUAACUGACACAGUUUUGAACAGGCUAUCGUUGUUUAGCUCAACUGGAAGGUAUAAAACAUCGGUUGCUCAGGGAGAUGCUGGGCAUCAGUUGGAAGCUCCUUGUGGCGUUGCGGUGACCCAUGAUGAUCUGCUUUUUGUCACGGACCAAAAGAAAGUGAAGGUUUUUGACACUGAGCUCCAGUUUGUUCGUGAGUUUACACUUUCGGCUGACGAUGCCGAUGGGCAAUCAGAGAGUGACCUCACUGCUGUUGCUGUUGACAGUCAACGAGUAGCAGUUGCUGACAUGGGGCGAAAGGUCAUCAGUGUCCACAACCUGGACGGAUCGAUGAUUGCAAGCAUCUCAAACAAUAUGGUCAAAAAUUUCUUGACAAUAAGCAAUUUUGGCCGUUUAGUCUUCACAAACUACGAGGGCCAAAGUUUGCUGUGCGUUAACUUUAAAGGUAAAGAGAUGUUCAGGGUCAAGACAUUCAUGAAUGGCAAAGCUGCUCAGCCAACUGGAGUCCUGUGCGAUGAUGAUGAGACCAUCUAUGUCGCUGUUCAUUCUGGCAAAAGGGGAGACUCUGAAGUGCAGCGUUAUGAUUCAAAUGGUGCAUUCGUAGCAACAGUAGCUCAAGGGUUGUUCAAUCCGUUAGGAAUGGCAUUCACACCCACUGGCGAUGCAGUUUUUGCUGACAUAUACUCUGUUAAGAUUUUUGAGCGGAUGUGAUUUGCCUGAUUAUGGCCCUCCGAAAAACUAACCGCUGCACUCCUACGAUUUGCCAUACAAGGCCCCGCAGAACAUGACAUGUUGUAGUUGAACCAGGGCUGUUUACAUUUGCUACAUUCCUGAUAUUAUAAUAUUUACCCAGAUUGUAAAACCUGUUCGAAAUUUUCAUAACUGGUAACGUUGGUGUGUUUCAGUUAAUCUCCCUCAAUGUAUUUUGGCAUGUGCGUUGGCCUGGGUAGGCCUACAUCGCGUUAUGGGGAAGUUUUUUAUUGUUAGGAAAAUACCGACCGAGUUGUUGGGACUUUCUGCUGUCCCCACAGCGUUUUCGGUCCUCACAAAUAUGAGUAGGCCUACAUGUAUGGUGCACUCUGCAGUAAUAAAGUCGGAAAGAGAAAUCUAAUCAUAAACAGUGGAGAAAGAGAAAAAGCAUUUCUUGAACCGUAAAACAGUUUUUGCUGACAAAAUAUUUUUAGAUUGAAGGGACCGCUACUUCUUAACAUUCGACAUUCAAUUCACAAAAUUGAAAAUGUAUAGUCAUCACUGUUCGUAAGUCCAUAACUUUUAUAUUAGGUAACAUGAAAUUUUAGCUCUAAACGCUGUGUAUUCAGAGGAAAAACUAAUAUAGGAUCUCAAUUUCAUUUCAAAAGUUACUGGGUCUUACGGGGUGAUUCAAAAAAAAAAAAAAAAUUGUAAGC